UGUAAAAUAUCAGCCGAUCUUACGACACUAGCGGUAGUUUUAGCCGGGUAUUUCGGGUACAUUUCGGAUGGGGUUCAGCCAGCCAGGCUCGUACAGAAUGGAGGGGCAACGCCGCCGCCGUGCCGUUGUUUGCUAUGAACAAACACCUUGAUAGCUGUUGUAUGAAAGCAGCCCCCCUCUGUAGACUACUCUGAGUGUGAUGGCGACCACCGACGAGGUCACGGUGUCCAUGGCGGAGGUGGUGAUGGUGAAGGGGGACAAUGAAGGAGACCCAGAUGACCCGAACAAGACUCAGGUCAUCCUCCAGCUCCAGCCGAUCCCCACUGGAGAUGAAUCUGCUGAAACAGAUGCAGCUGUCAUGACUGUUGAAGCACAUCCAGAACAAACUGAUGGAGAGGACGUUGAAAUUGGCUGUCCCAUAACAUGUGGCGAGAGUAAAGCUGUGUUGCUAGUGAAGAAAUUUGUAUGCCCAGGAAUCAAUGUAAAGUGUGUGAAGUAUGAAGACCAGCUGAUCAGCCCCAAGCAGUUUGUGCACAUGUCUGGGAAAGCCACUCUGAAGGACUGGAAGAGAGCCAUCCGGAUGGGUGGAGUCAUGCUAAGAAAAAUGAUGGAUUCGGGUCAGCUUGACUUCUACCAGCACAGCACACUGUGCACCAACACAUGUCGCAGCACCAAGUUCGACCUGUUGAUCAACAACACGCGGUUCCCUCCGGACGGCUCCGGGCUGACCACGCCCACAUCCUCUCAAGCUCAGGUGGUCCUGGGUAAUGGUGGGACAGCGGGCGAGGACAGAGCAGAGGUUCUGAGUGCAAAGAUGGACUGGAUUUCAAGCUCGCUGGAGGCUGCGGACAGAAAGGAAUCGAACGAGAUCUCAGAGGACACGCUGAACUUCUGGAAGGGUAUCGCCGAUGUGGGUUUGCUGGGCGAAGUGGUGACCAACAUCAGCACGGAGCUGCUGGAGCUGCUGAACGGCGUGCAGCAGCGCAGGGAGCCAGCGGGCUUACAGGACACAGGUGGCGGUGCUCAGCAACCUUGCCCAAGUGUUCGGCCUGCUGGACUCGGUCAAGAAGACGCUGGAGAAGACGAGGCAGCAGAUGGAUCCCAGCCAGGAGCACACCCUCAGCACGCUCACCAACCUGGAGGUGCAGCUGGAGGAACAGAGGAAGCAGCAGCAGGUGCGAGCUCUGCUCUCCUGCCCGCAGCCCGCCAAAAACAAGACUCCCACCAAGCGCCAGACCAAGCGACCGCGUCUCCAGAGGCCCGCCUCCACCACCACCCUCGUGACCUCGUCCCUCAACCAGCAGGCCGCCCUGCAGCCCCAGCAGUUCACCGUGCUCUCCCCCAUCUCGCUGUCCUCGGUGGGCCAGCCGUUUACCAUGGCGGGCCUGCCCAUCGCCUCCCUGGCCCAGUCCUCCAACACGGUCACCCUGCUCCCCGCCGGCUCGCAGCUCUUCACCCGCUACAUGGUGACCGGCGGAGACGGAAAAGGGGACACCAUCACCUUGCACCCGUCCUCGGGCCUCACACUGGUGGGCACCACCAUGCAGGACUCCAGCCAGCUGGGCACCAUGGUGAGCCCCAUAGAGCUGCUGCACCUGAGCCAGCAGGCCGGCGGCGGCGGCGGCGAGAUGGUGCCCAUAGAAGGUCAGGUGAUGGACGGAACCAUGCUGGUGCAGCAAGAAGUGAUGCAGAGCGAGGCGGAGGCCGGCCAGGAGCACACGGUCAUCGAGAUCAACCCGGCUCCCAUGGAGCAGGCGGUGGGGGUGAUGGAGCUGCAGCUGAGCGAGGAGUCGGGCAGAGACGGGGCCGCCAUGAUGGUCCAGAGCGCGAUGGAGGUGACGAUGGCUGCAGCCGGGGAGGAGGAGACGCAGUGCCAAAUGCAGGAGGCACAGACUGGGGGCGUUCAGGGGCUGCAGCUGGACGCAAGCGGACAGUUGUCAGGGGUACAGAUAGUGGUGAUAGAAGAAAACACUCAGGAAGAAAACACGGUCAAAUGAAACGCACCCCCUAUUUUAUCCAGCAGAGCAGGUAUGGACUCGUACGGAGCCAUCACAGACUUGUGAAACUGUAAAUACACAGAAUUUCCAAAUCCACAAAUUGCCUUGGCCUAAGACCAAGCUCUAGGGGUAGCCAUUUUUUUCCCUUUGUGUGUGUGUGUGUGUGUGUGUGUGUGUGUGUGUGUGUGU